GUUAAAAGAUACAUCCAUCUUAGUAGGUACCUCUUAAGGGUCUCGUAUAUUUACCUAAUCUUCCAGUAUAUAUCUUAUAUCUCGAAGUCAGGAAGGACUGCGAACGAUGUACAUGCUUCUAAUAUUCAGUACUCAAGCGUUGUGACGACGUUAAAAGACAUAAUAAAAUAUAAUAAAAACUCCAACCUACCAGCUUAAAAUUUAGAUGCUUCCCCGCUUCACCUAACUUCGCAACAACAAGAUCCGAAACCAAUCGUAGUAACAACUACUCUCUAAAGACUAUCUAGGUAGAUUACACAGGACAAAUUAACAAUGGUUCCAGCCGUGGCUCGUCUUGUUUCUGAAAGCGAGCCAUAUCUUGUCCCAGGCAAGCUUCUCGUGAAAGAGCUCUGGUUCGAGGUCCCCUUGGAUCACUCCGAUCCAAAAUCCACAACAAUCAAGCUAUUUGCGAGAAGCGCUGUCAAAUAUGAGCGACCCAUCGUCGAAUCGUCCGAGGUCAUACAGAGACCUUAUCUCCUAUUUCUCCAGGGCGGCCCUGGGCUGGGAACUCCACCACCCCAAGAUUCACCCUUAUCAAAAUAUAUGCUUGACAGAGGCUACGAGCUACUAUUUCUAGACCAGCGAGGUACCGGGUUCAGCACACCCAUCUCCGAUAAUACCCUGGAGCGCGUCGGCGGUCCCCAGGAGCAAGCUGAUUAUCUCAAGCUCUUCAGGGCCGACACCCUCGUUAAAGACAGCGAAGCUGUCCGUCUCUGCCUAACGAAGGAUUACCCGCCUGAAAAACGGAAGUGGUCUACCUUUGGCCAGUCCUUCGGCGGCUUCAUGACCCUGACCUAUCUAUCCUUCGCGCCGGAAGGUCUUAGGGAAUGCUUUAUUACCGGAGGACUAGCCCCCCUGGAUAAAGGUCCCGAGGAGUCUUACCAAGCUACUUUCCAAAGGUGCAUACAACGAAACCACGAUUACUACAGGAAAUUCCCGGAAGAUAUCGCCACCGUCAAAUGGAUCGCCGAGAAAAUCCGCGAGCUCGGCGGCGAAAAAGGAAUCCCGCUGCCCGCCGGCGGUUUCUUAACGGUGGCCCGGUUCAUGACCCUGGGUCUUAGUUUCGGUGCUCACGGCGGCGUCGAUCGAGUCCAUAAUUACAUCAUUCGAAUGAAGGCCGAUCUAGACCAGUAUGGCGUCUUCACUCGCUUCACUCUGAACAUGCUGGAGCAGGAGAACGUAUGGGACACGGCUCCGAUAUAUACCUUACUGCACGAACCGUGUUGGUGUUACGGCCCGGGUGUGGCCGGUCGAUGGGCAGCGGAACGAGUCGGCGCCGGUCUAGACGAGUUCCAAUGGCUCCAGAAGAACUGGGCUGGACCCGCAAGCCUAGGCGAGAAACCAUUGUAUUUCUCCGGCGAGAUGACCUACCCUUUCUUCCUCGAUACCUGCUCCGGGCUCUUCAAGCUCAAGGAGACGGCGAAGAUCCUGGCCGAAUUCGACGGCUGGGCGCCGCUCUACGACCCCGAACAACUAGCUAAGAACGAGGUCCCCGUGUACGCGGCCAUCUACAACGACAUGUACGUCGAUCCAGACAUGUCGCGGGCCACGGCGUCCAGGAUCAAGGGCAUCAAGGUCUUCGAGACGAACGUCUUGUACCAUAACGCUGUCCGUUCGAGCCCGGAUGAUGUUAUCCCUCAGCUGCUCAAGCUGCGUGACGAUACCAUCGACUGAAAAGCCUCAUAAAGAGUAGUCAUAGAAGGUAAUAUGCUGGUCAACAGAAGACCAAAGAGAAAGGAGCGGUAUUGCUUGGUCGAUGAAUAUGAAAAUUACUCUCUAGUGGCUACUUCAAUGCAUGUUCAGUUCGGAUACGAGGAAUUGUGUGUCUUUAAGGGGGCUUCUAGUUUUCCGGAUUUACUGCGGGAAAUGUUUUCAUGCGCUUACUACACCCUAACGAAAUCCCUUCAUUUGACAGCGACACGAGAAACAUAAAAGGUGCUGUGCAAAAUCCGAUACUAUAUCACACUGAAUGAGAAAUAGCCAAUAAAUAUAUCAUCUCGUCCAUAGUGUAUAUCCUGGCUGGGCCGGCCGUGAAAUCAAGACAGGCCUCCUCCUAUGUUGAUAUUCGUCGUAGAUCUUGUAAGAUCUACAGCUCUCCAUCAAGUCCUAACUUUUUUGUACCGUUACUAAGCAUCAUUGUCCUCAUCCUUCGCCAAGGUUCUCCAAAAAAAGGCGUGAUGAUGAUGACAGAUACCGAGAUGCUGACUUGAGUCACCAAAUACUAGAAAUCAUCCUACAAGGCGGUCCAGCCAUUAACACAAUCUGC